AUGUCGGGUCACGCUACGGGAAAAAUGAAUCAAGCAUCGCAGUGCAGCACCGGACUCUGCAUCCUGACCCCCCUCUGCCUACUGAGCCUACUAUUGCCACCCCUCAGUCCAGCAGCCCCCAUCUCCCCAGCGGAGCCUAUCAGUCAAGCGUACAACCUGGCCUUCUACAUGCAGAAGAACACAUCAACACUGCUGCAGACCUACCUCCAGUACCAGGGGAGCCCCUUCAGUGACCCUGGCUUCUCGGCCCCUGAGCUCCAGCUCAGUAGCCUGCCUCCUGCUGUAGUCUCUUUCAAGACCUGGCAUGCCCUGGAUGAUGGGGAGCGUCUGAGCCGCGCCCAGGGAGCCUUCCUGGCCUUGACCCAGCACCUCCAGCUUGUGGGAGAUGACCAGAGCAGCCUGAAUCCUGGCAAUCCCAUCCUGCUAGCCCAGCUUGGAGCUGCAAGACUCAGGGCCCAAGGCCUGCUAAGCAAUAUGGCUGCCAUCAUGACUGCCCUGGGGCUACCCAUUCCCCCAGAAGAGGACACUCUGGGUCUUGUCCCCUUUGGGUCCUCAGCCUUUGAGAGGAAAUGUCGAGGUUAUAUUGUGACCCGGGAAUAUGGCCACUGGACAGACCGAGCUGUGAGGGACUUGGCUUUGCUCAAGGCCAAAUAUCCAGCAUAG